CCUCCCUCCUCCCUCCCCCGCCUCCCGCUCCCCUGAGCCCAGCCGGACUCCGCUCCGCCCGCGCCCCACUCGACUCCGGAGGCUCCCGCAGCCCCGGCGUCCUCCCCGCUGUCCCCUCCCACGGGGGCCAUGGGGGCGCCCCCGGGCUACCGGCCCUCGGCUUGGGUGCAUCUUCUCCACCAGCUGCCUCGCGCCGACUUCCAGCUCCGCCCGGUGCCUAGCGGUUUCGCGCCCCAAGAGCAGGAAUACCAGCAGGCCCUGCUGCUGGUGGCGGCCUUGGCGGGCCUGGGCUUGGGCCUGAGCCUCAUUUUCAUCACUGUCUACCUCAUCCGCUUCUGCUGCUGCCGGCCCCUCGAACCCCCAGGGUCCAAGAGCCCCCCACCCGGGGGAGGCUGUGUCACCUGGAGCUGCAUUGCCGCCCUCCUCGUCGGCUGCGUCGGCAUUGGCAUCGGUUUCUAUGGCAACAGCGAGACCAGCGAUGGGGUGUCCCAGCUCAGCUCCGCUCUACUGCAUGCCAAUCACACGCUCAGCGCCAUUGAUCACCUGGUGUUGGAGACGGUGGAGAGUCUGGGGGAGGCAGUGAGGACAGAGCUGACCACCCUGGAGGAGGUGCUUGCACAGCGCACGGAGCUGGUGGCUGCUACCCGGGGGGCUCGGCGACAGGCAGAGGCUGUGGCCCAGCAGCUGCAGGGGCUGGCCUUCUGGCAGGGAGUGCCCCUGAGCCCCUUGCAGGUGGCUGAAGAUGUGUCCUUCGUGGAGGAGUACAGGUGGCUGGCCUACGUCCUUCUGCUGCUCCUGGAGCUGCUCGUCUGCCUUUUCACCCUCCUGGGCCUGGCAAAACAGAGCAAGUGGCUGGUGAUAGUGAUGACCGUGAUGAGUCUCCUGGUUCUUGUCCUGAGUUGGGGAUCCAUGGGCCUGGAGGCAGCUACAGCUGUGGGCCUCAGUGAUUUCUGCUCCAGUCCAGACACCUACAUCCUGAACCUGACCCAGGAGGAGACGGGGCUUGGCUCAGACAUCCUGAACUAUUACUUCCUCUGCAACCAGGCCGUCUCCAACCCCUUUCAACAGAGGCUGACUCUGUCGCAGCGAGCUCUGGCCAACAUCCACUCCCAGCUCCAGGGCCUGCAGCGAGAAGCUGUCCCUCAGUUCCCCUCAGCGCAGAAGUCUCUGUUGUCCUUGGAGGAGACGCUGAAUGUGACAGAAGGAAACUUCCACCAGUUGGUGGCACUGCUGCACUGCCGCAGCCUGCACAAGGACUAUAGCGCAGCCCUGCGGGGCCUGUGUGAAGAUGCUCUGGAAGGCUUGCUCUUCCUGCUGCUCUUCUCUCUGCUGUCUGCGGGGGCCCUGGCCACCGCCCUCUGCAGCCUGCCCCGCGCCUGGGCCCUCUUCCCGCCCAGUGAUGACUACGAUGACACAGACGAUGAUGACCCUUUCAACCCUCAGGAAUCCAAGCGCUUUGUACAGUGGCAGUCGUCUAUCUGAACCCCUCCUCCCUGCCAGACUGGAGCCUGCCUCCCCACUUUGUUCCUUCCCUGGCUGCCGGAGGAGACCCCACUAACCCAGCCUAUCUGGGCUCUGACCACUAACACUCCUGGCCUCGGAUGCACCACACAGGACUGCUUCCCCUGCCCUGCCCUUAUGCCCCCCUCUCUCUGUCCUUAGCCCUGGGAGAAGUUGAGGGGGCAGACUGGGGACCAAGGAUGGCAGAGGAGAGGCAGACAGCCAGCCCCACACUCCUCAUCCCUGGCUGCCAGUCCCAUCCUUGGAUGGGCUGAGCUGGGCUCGGGGAACAUGAAUUCCCCCACCCCUGCCACGUCCCAGGGGGCUCUGGCCCCUAGAUCUCAACUUGUGGCACUAACUUGGAAAAGAGUUGAUUUGAAAUAAAAGGGAAGACUUUAUUUUCCAA